CUCUCUCCUCCUCUCUCUCUCUCUCUCUCUCUCUCUCUCUCUCUCUCUUCUCCCUGCCUCUAUCUCUUCGCGGCAUCCAUUCAGUGAACGUUGUGCCGGACUAAAAUUACCCCGGUCCGUCGAUCGCUGCGAUCUACGCGCGAGCGGAGUGCUCGCUCCAGCGCGUAGCGUUUCGGAGCUGGUCGCGCGGAGAAAACCGCACCUGACGCACGACGGUUGUGAUGCAUCGAAUGUGUGAAACAGAUAUCGCGUAAGACCGGGCCGAUAUCGUUUCAUAAUACGAUCGAUUGAGAAGUCCUGCUGAUACGUGCUUGGUGUCAUUUUUAACGAGAGGUGCACGUCGUUCGAACAGACUGAUGAAUAGAAAAUCGCGGAGUUCUCUCAAAGUUCAUAUCAAAGUGAAAGUGGCCAAAAGGUUAACAUUGACGAAUCAACGUAUAAAAUCACGUAGUGCUCAUAGUGGAUCUCUCGAAACUUCGAUGAGACAUUUGCUUACUUCGAGGAGAAACUUCAUUGGUUCCUCUCUUCUCAUAUGAGAGACGCGCGAAACUUCAUUGGUUCCUCUCUUCUCAUAUGAGAGACGAAAGGUUACACCUGUAUCGACGCACAUGGGCAUAAUUGGACGAUACUGACACCGCGUACGGUGCACCAAAAGACACGUGGAAUUAUCAAGAAUUCGUUGUGUUUGGAUACUUGACGCGGGUGAUAUUGCUCGUCGCGAAAACAUCGUUGUCCGAGAGAAAUGGGAAACCACGCAUCCGCCCACCAGCCACUUGAAAGAGCUACCAGCCAUGCUGGAAAUGGUCUUCGCUUCUCGAAGCGCGAGAGGUCGCCGGGAAAAAGGAUGGAUCGGCUUCGACGAAGUUUCCGGGACAGUUUCCGUCGGCGGAAAGACCCUCACGUGCCUGAAUCUAGCAAACCUCAUCAGUGGCAAGCUGAUGAGAGUGCAGUGCGUUCAGCUACAUGCGCUUUUCAUGUUAAGUACCUGGGAUGUGUAGAGGUGUUCGAAUCGAGAGGUAUGCAGGUUUGCGAGGAAGCUCUCAAAGUUCUCCGAAAUUCAAGACGAAGACCGGUACGAGCGAUACUUCAUGUAUCCGGAGACGGGCUGCGCGUCGUCGAGGAUGAAACAAAAGGGUUGAUUGUCGAUCAGACAAUCGAGAAGGUUUCAUUUUGUGCGCCGGACAGAAAUCACGAGAAGGGAUUUAGUUAUAUCUGUAGGGACGGCACGACGAGGCGGUGGAUGUGUCAUGGAUUUUUAGCGUUGAAAGAAUCGGGAGAGAGAUUGAGUCACGCAGUGGGUUGCGCUUUCGCCGCGUGCCUCGAGAGGAAACAGCGAAGGGACAAAGAAUGCGGUGUUACAAUGACUUUUGAUUCGAAGACUUCCACCUUCACGAGAAGCGGUAGUUUUAGGCAACCAAGUCUCACGGAACGAUUGCAAGAAUCGCGCGAUCGUGCAGUAGAUGUUCCUCCGGUUAAGCAGGUGUACAAUCCUUUCGCGAUCGAGAGGCCACACGCUACUCCAUCUAUGCUGGAGCGACAGGGUUCCUUCCGCGGUUUUACGCAAUUAAAUCAAGCAUCUCCGUUUAAGAGGCAGCUCAGUCUACGAGUUAACGAUCUUCCUAGUAAUCUCGAACGCACACGUAGUCACAGUCUCGAACCGACGGAUUUGUCGCGAAUGCCAUCAGCGCUUUCGCACAUUGUACCUUUAAAGCCCCCAGAGUUCGAAGGAUAUGACGAAGUGAGUCCAAUACCGGAAAUAUCUCCCGGUGGUCAGGACAGCGUCUCCGCGAUGUGUCAGCAGCUUUCUCGAGGGCUUUCUCUGCUCUCGAGCAGCGACGAUUUCGGACCAAUGCCAUUAUCUUAUGCUGCGAGCUCUAUCGCCAAGCAGCUUUUUACAACUUCUCCAGUCACGAACAGCAAUUCGUUGGAUGAGAUAAAACUGCAGAACGGCCCCAGUAUUAAUAACAAUAACAACAACGAUAAGAAUGAUGAACUCAGCAGUCUGAAUCAUGUCGGACCCAGCUGGCAGGAAUCGGCAUCCCCUGUUCUUGCGUCGAAUCACAGGCUGACGCCCAUCCUUAAGACAAGCAACCUGAGUCCCGUUCUUCCAAGGACGAAUGCGCCCACUCCAGUUGUUAUGAGCGCACCUGUUUCCUCCAGUGUGGGUGCUUUCGGCACGCCACCGUCUGCAGCGAGUCCUGCUUUCAGCACGGCUUCUACAUCCUCUUUAGGAAACACGUCUACGCCGGCCGUGAACAGAUCGCCAAUUCCAAUAAAUUCAGCGAUAACUCCGAAAACAAAUUCUCCCAGUACCAGUACAGCAUCUGUUUCCCCGGCCAGUACGACUGACGUCGCUCAAGUUUCAUCGGCAACCGGCAUUCCAACAGCUUUAGUACAACCACUUUCCACAGCAGCUGGUUUACCAAAACCAGAACAAUGGUUGGGUAGCAUAACCGGCUCCGUGCCGUCGCCGGCGCCGCAACAGACUAGUCCUCGACGAGCACCCCCUCUUCACGCGAGGGCGCAUUCGCUCGGGUCGGCUGCAAUGAGCCAGACUUCCAGAGGAGGACCUUCCGAUCCGUUUGACGUCGAAUGGGCGGAAAUCGCCGCCAGAAAUCUAAGGCAGUCGACCACGACGAAUCCCUUCAUCGUGCCGAACGCGACCCAGGCGUUUCAAGUACAAUUGUAGCGUCAGGAGUUUAUUAAUAACGUCGCCAAGUAUUUCCGCUCGAGUACAUAGCGGCCGCACGCCCGCUCGCGCUUCGAUCCCUCACACGAUCGAAAGUACUACACAUGAAUCGCGUAGCCUCGACCGCGUGAUGACGCGGUCUGGUUUCCGGUUAGGUAGCACGUUCAACUACGAGUCGCUGGAAAGAUCGAUAAGAAGCCGAGGGCGGAGAAAGCGCGACGAUACCUUUUGUCGAGUCGGCGUUUGAUAGCAACGACGGUAGCAGCGAACUGAACCAGCACAAAAGUCUCCGUAAAAUACUUUCUAGAUAGAUAAGUAUACGCGCACAGCCUUAACGACCUCAGUAAAAGCAAAAAUAAGACACGCAUAAACGCAUAAGCAGACAGGGGACACAAAGUUUCACGCACCGAUAAUAAUAGGCUACAUCUCGUUAAUCGAUUAAGAAGAAGCAAUAGAUGUCGCGAAGUACACGUACGAGCAUAGUUCCCGACGGUACCAAUAAUUAUACUUAAAUGUUUGUCACGCGAUGUUGUAAUUGGAUAUCCCAAUUAUCUUGAGUAGAGUUAGGCUCGAACCGAGCGGUUAUCGUCGUUCUGCAUGAAAAACGAAAUUGUAUGCACCCAAGAUUACGCUGCACCUUUACUGUUUUUUUUUUUCCAAAAGAAAAGUAUGUAGUAUAGUUGUACUUCGUGGUCGUACCGCGACCCGGAUCACGAAGUGAAGUACCUUCCUCUGGAAGGGAACUUGCAUUUCCGGCGGGCUCACCCGGCUCAGACGAGCGCGAAUAGACACGUUUCGCUGAACGUGAGAUGUGGCUAUUUCGCAAGGGGAUUAACAUCCAUGAGAGACUGUGAUAUUGACGUGAAGUGGCCAGUACUUAAGCGAACAGGUUCGAAUAAAUUAUCAAGUAUCGUGAGAAACUUGCUGAAGGUCGUUGCGCCGCGUGGUAGCAGAGGAUGAGCGAUCGUGAGCUCGGGUAUCACAGACUAUCGUCCCGUAGCCGGCAGAAAAACACCCUAGAUUAUUUAAGAUUAGCUGUUGAAGGUUUAGCGGAGACAGUACGUGUCUUGCAUUAUCGUUGUCUAUUAUACACACGAUCGUGUUGCAUUUAUUCUAAGGACCGAGGACUGCGGGAUGAUAAUGUAAGAAAUCCUCGCACGAGGACGACGCUCGCGGAACGAUUUCUUCGAGAAUCUAGAUGCGAGACGGUGCUUCCGCUCUGUAAUAAUACAAUAGUUGCGAAAAUUGUUUGCUGAGCUGAUCCUCAGAUGCGAGUUCAUAUCUAUCUACGAACUAAUCGCGGUCGACGAUGUACGUCGUAGCGAAUUAACGGGUUUCCUCAGUCCCAAUUAGUAAUUGAUAGUAUCCCGUGAAAUAUCAGUAUUGCGCCUCGCAGCUUUCUGUCUUUCAAGCUAACGGCUGCACUUUCGGUUUUUCGAAACGGAUCGAGGGUAAACAUCGAGAAAGGCCAAGAAAGAUAUUAAAAGGGAUAACUGAGGCAUGUGUAUGCAUUGUACAUAAAUUAAUUAUAUAAAGCGUAACGCGUAGGAGGAGUAUAAAGAAAUUGCAGAGAACGUGGAAAUCAUUCAUUAAGUCGGCGACUCAGCAAUGAGAAGAAUUUUUCCAUCAAGUUCAAUCGAAGCGUACAAUCGAGCUUCCAUAUUUUUUUCCUCUCUGAAUCUUACUUGUCUUUUAAGUUUUCUUUAGUUCUCACUCAUAUUCUAAUAAUUUUCAUCAAAGAUAGGGGACAUGGAUGGAAACUCAGAGGAAAAUCAAAAAUAGGCAAGUCAAUUCGAUUCUGAUGAUGAAAAAUAGAGAAGCCCGGCUGUAAUAGUAUCUUAUAAAAUGACUUGUAUAAUAACGAUGCAUCGUAUUCGUAUGAUGUCAACUUAUAAUUUAUUUACAUACUUAGUUAGUUGGUCUUAAAGAGAAAUCCUUGCAUUAUUUUUAGGAAAGCAGGUCAAGUGUCACGAACAUUCUAUAAUAAACACAUAUGUAUGUAUUAUACAUAUCUAUGUAGAUAUGUACUAUAAACAUAGGCAUUCCUGAAAGAUUUACACAGCCCAUUUGGCCAUGCGAUUUCAUCGAUAUCGCACCUAAUGUAAUUUAUUUAAUCACGCUAAAUAAAAAGCAUACUUAGAUUGAUAUUCUUCCACACGG